AUGCCAAUGCCACUCUCCCAAAAGGAUCUUGCGGCUAUGGCAGACUGCCUGGACUCUGUACGCGAAGACGUCGUUUAUGCGGAACGCAUCCUGGCAGAGUCAAAUGCGAAGAUCACCAAGAUAUGUGCCUACAUUCAGAUCAGUUUGAGCAAGACGCCUGAGGAUGAUGAACAAACACCAAACGCGCCAUCUACGCCAACGACGCCGCGAACGCCUUGGGCAACUCAGGAAUGA